AUGGCCACAGCGACGCAGCUCAUGCCGUCACCGAGCGGCCUCAAGUCCAUGUCGGCCUUCAGCCCUUACACCGACUCGCCCAGCUCACCGGCCAACUUUGCGCACGUCUUCUCAAAUAGAUCAUCAAACACCUCGGACCAUCUGCAGCCACCACCCAGUCCAUAUCCUGCCACGGUUGACCCUUCGCCCGUCGACAGCAAUGGAACCAGUCAGACGGACCACACCGAUAUCGAAGAUGAUGCACAGGUCAAUCACCUCGGUGAAGAGAGCAUGACCAACAUCAGAUCCCCCGGCACCGACGACCUGAUGAGCCCUGCGAGUCCAACAAGUCAGUCCAAGCCGCAUCGUCUCAACACCACACUUCCAGUGCGCACACGCGCAGACUCGGACGAUGCGCCUCCUUCCGUCAUUCACGCGCCAGACAACUUCAAGCAGUUUAACCGGGUGGAUAUAUCGACGUCGUCUUCGACUGCAAACACGUCCGACAACACGGCCGUCGUCUCGCCCUCGACACCGGAAGCCCAUUCACUGCCCGACGAUGACGAGAAGCACACGCAAUCUGCAUACACAACACCAAUCGAUACCGCAGUGACAUCCAUUGGCCCUCCCGAUCGGAGCACACCACGUGCCCAAACGCGCCAGGAUUAUGAAGAAGACCAACGCCGCAGUGUCAGGAGGAGCAUCAACCUUGCAGACAUUGCUGAGCACGAAGACAAUGCUCUCACCGAGUCAUCGGCAAGCUCUGUGAUAGAUCAAGAUGACAGUGUCUCCUCCCACUCUCAGAGCGCGGAGUCGGCAUCCAUUGGCACGCAAACCAUGGGCGAAGCGCUGCAUGGUAUCAAUGAGUCCGAAAGAGAAGUGGCUGCUCUACACGGCGCUCUCAAUGAGUGCUGGAUACUAUGCAAUUCGCUAGCCAAACUCAGCCAGCAUCACAGACAACGCAUGUUUCACUACUCUGGCGAACGUGCGGACAUACAGGAACAUGCUUGGAGGACGUGCUGGAAGCUAUGCCAGAAGCUAUACGAGAGUCGCGAUGAGAACCCCUCUGCGCAGACUAGACCGGUCUUGGAACUCUGCCGGGAUUUCUGUCAAGCACUCUUCGAUGUGCGCCAACGUGGGGAUGAAGCAUCCGACUCGGUGCUCCGCGUGAGCUUUGAGUUGAACAAUCAUCUAUACAAUGUCCAUGACCGUGCUUUACCCGAAACGUUCCGCGAACGCACGCUAGAUUUCUACCUGACAUUGUGCCAUCGGCUCAUGAAGCAGCGUACAUCUCUUCCAGAGGAGACGGAUUCAUUGUUGCACGCCUGCUGGUCGCUUGCAGAAAUGCUUUUCAGCCUCCGCCAGAACAGUCGCGACGGAAAAGGUGCGGAUGAGGAGCUUCUCGGCUCUGCCAUCCAGGCCUGCUGGGAACUGUGUGACCUGUUCCGGGAAGGGUGGACACAGGUACGACCCGAACGUGGAACCCCGCGCCCGACCCAGUACACCUUCUCUGGCGGUGGCAGUUCCGUGUCUCACUCCCACAUGUCGUACUCGGAUCGCUCGGGACGUUCUUCGAGCAUGAACGAAUCCUACCAUUCUGCCAUCCAGUCCAGAAGGCCCACGCCCAUGCAACCAGAGACACCGACGACGAUUUUUGAUGACCGAGAAGAGUUUUCGCCCGCCGAAGAACCAAACGUACCCAAUAUUUUAGUGCUGGGCCCGGAGGCUGGCUUGACUCGCACCCAUGACCGGUGGUCCUCUGCGUCUUCCAAUCUCUCCACGUAUUCUGAUGCAUCGGUGCAUACGUCGUCGACAGCAACUGCAGGGCGGGAGGACCCGAAUCUGAUCCGGCUGAAAGGGCUGAUCAUCAAGGCGGCCAUCAAUACAGGAUACAAUCGUCAGAUUCCACUUCCCGACUUCAUUCGCGCUCUGCCCUCGAACAGUUUUGGGACAAUCCCCUGGCAAAGCCAGUUGUUUGAGAGCUACCGAAAGCUCGUUCUGAGUGAUCCGACCUUGCGGACCGCUCACGCUCAGCCUUUACGCAGGUUGACGGCACUAGAAAUUGGCCGUUCUGUGCAAUGGCUAGCUAGGAGUGAGCAGUUCAAGUGGUUACGCGAACUGUAUCGGUUUGUUUUUGGAAAUUACCCUGAAGACUCUAGCCAGCGUAACCUGAUUAUCAAUGCAUAG